AUGUCCGGCCGCGGUAAAGGUGGUAAGGGUCUUGGUAAGGGUGGUGCUAAACGCCAUCGUAAGGUUAUGCGUGAAAACAUUCAGGGUAUCACAAAGCCAGCUAUUCGUCGUCUUGCUCGCCGUGGUGGUGUCAAGCGUAUCUCUGGUGAUAUCUACGAAGAAGUUCGUGGCGUUCUUCGUCACUUCCUUGAGAACGUCAUCCGUGAUUCAGUUACUUAUACUGAACAUGCUCGUCGUAAAACAGUUACAGCAAUGGAUGUUGUCUAUGCUCUUAAGCGCCAGGGCAAGACACUCUACGGUUUCUAA